AUGCGUCUGUCCGUCUCCGCCAUCCUCGCGCUCCCGCUCUUUGCGGCGGCCGCUGAGAACCAGUUUGAGGAAUACAAGGCCCAGUUCCAGACCUACCUCGACCAGUUUUCCUCCUACAUCCCCAACCCCAACAGAUACGAUGCCGCCGACGCGCAUGAGGCCAAGACGGGCGCGAAGAAGCUGUCCAUCCUGACCCUCGACAACUGGGAGGAGACGCUCUACUCCACCGUCCAGCCCUCCCAGACCACCCCUGAGGAGUGGGGGCUGCUGAUCACCGGCCGCAACAAGACCUGCUACAACCAGUGCGGACCCGCCGAGGUGGCCUUCAACGCGACCGCUGAGAAGUUCGCCCCUCGACUCCCAAGGCCCCUCACAUGGCCCUCCUCAACUGCGACGACCAGCCCGUCCUCUGGCACCAUCUUCUCCUGCAACGCCAACAGCCUCUUGGGCUAUCGACCUCCUUGCCGCCCGGGCACAAGCCGCAGGAUGAUGAACCGCCGCAUGGCCCCCGCCCCCAACGGGCCCCGCGCCUAA